GAAAUCCGAUCAGAAAUCUCUCAUUACGAUAGAUUUUUAAAGGUAAAAGGAUUGGCAAUGCAUGCGUACGCUUUAGAAGUACGAUGGAUUUGCGUUUAUUUUAAUCUAACCUGAACAACAUUGGACUCAACUCGGAUACGGACUCGCCUCCAUCGUAAACAGCAUCCUGUAAAAAAAUAUUUGGACCAUUUUGAUUUUUUAUCGUCCACUGUUUUCUCAAGGAACCUCAGCAUGGCGUGGCCUUGCAUCAGCAGGGCGUGCUGCAUGGCUCGCUUCUGGAACCAGAUGGACAAGGCUGACAUCGCGGUGCCUUUGGUGUUCACCAAAUACACGGACGCCUCGGAGAUGCAGCACGUCCAACUGCAACCUCCAUUACGGGCCGGGCUCCCCAUAGACACCCAGCCGCAUCGCACCCAUCGCCGCACCGCCACCGCAGGUCCACGCGCGCCGCCGCGCAGGUGCGUGUCGGAGGAACGGGUGUGCAGCUCGGUUAUGAGGGAGGACUUUAAACACUGGCGAGUGCGACCCGAACCCAGCUGCAAACCCAAGAACGAGUACCACGGCCCAGAAAUACCGUUCAACAGCGAGACUCAGUACCAGAAAGACUACAAGCCUUGGCCCAUUCCGAAAAGGUACGACCACCCGUGGAUACCUAAACCGCCCGCCACCAUCUCCGCGGGCGACGACCGGCCACUGGACCGCUCCAAACACGGGAAACAGCAUCUGGCGGACGCCGAAAGCGGCGUGGAGAAGAGCGCCAUUGCUGACAAAGUGCAAGAGAAAGACCUCAUCCAGGGCCACGAAAGGAAAAAACGGUCGAGCAAAAAGGCAGAAGGGGAGAAGAAAGUCAAGGUGGAAAGGGAAGGACGGGCGGCAGUGGAUGCCGUCAACAGGCAAAUUAAACAGGAGAUUGCAGCCGGCAGCUCUUACAAAACCGAAUUUAAGGCUUAUAGAGAUGUGAAGCCUGCACAGAUGAUCCGGGCCAAGUCCCAGUACUUACCUCCGGAUGAGAAGACCAGGCUGGAAACCAGCUAUAGUGCAACAUUCAAGGGACAAGCCCCGCUACAACCUACUGACAACAAGGCCCAGGAGAGGAGGAGGAUACGCAGCUUGUACAGCGAGCCAUACUUCGACCCCAUUAAACAGGUGGACAGGUCUACUGUCCCUCGCACUAAAGCCAAAAAGCCCGGGGCUGUCGCAUCGAGCCAGGGCAAGCCAGUGAAGAAAGCCAAAGAUAAGCAGAGCGCGGCACUGAGGGGUUCCAGGAAGAUGACCUCGGAGAACCAACCCGUGAGCCGGCCAGCGUUGGGCGACAAGGAGAAAAGGUUGUGCUAAAACAACACCACUACAUACAGCUCUGCCAGCCAAUCCGAGAUAUUGGCUGGGUACAGACGCUAAAGCAACACCUGUGGGGCUGUGCGCUACCCAAUCCCAGGUAACCCUCAAAAAGUAUCACUUAGAAGAUGUUGGCCACAGACAAAUACCACGCAUCCUCAUUCAUGGCCAUUUAGAUGUGAUUAUUUUUUUUCUUAUCUUUUUUUUCCGAUUUCACAGUAGCACGGUUUUACUUAAAUGAUGAAUCACCUACACAACACCUUAGAAUAGAGUUACUGGAUAAGUAUUUGUCUUCCAUAUGAACACCCAAGUAGUGGUGUUGGGAUCGGGGUGGGGUGCGUGGGGGACUUGCCUGCUGUCACCUCCUGCAUGUAAGCUACCUUACAUGGAGCCCUUCGAGUUGCAGCCAUGCUUAAACCUGCUGGAAUGCACCAAUUGUUUCAUGCAGUCAAUUGUAAGUGCAUGUGAAAUGUUUCAUAACCCCCCCCCCCCACCCCGCCCCCCCCCUCACAGACACACACCUUGGGGAGGGGAAGGGCAAUACUGUAUUGAAGUCACCAGAUUUGUGGAUUCCAAUAUUCAUGUAAUCACAUCGCUAUGGUUGAUAUAGAAAGUGAAGACAUUCCCGUUCAGGUAUGACAUCCUGACCAUACUUGCAAGGCUAAACAUACGCAUCUCAAAUCAUUUACUCUCUCUUGAAUAGCGCUCUACAUAAUUGAAAUUUAUAAAAACAAAGAAUAAUGACAUAAUUAAGUAGAAUGUAAAAUAAAAAG